UUGAUUGUAUGAAAUAAAAGGGGCAAAGAGGGGUGGGAGGUUCUAACUUUUGGCCAUGGAGAAAUGUUAUUAUGCUGAAGGGCCAAACUGGGUUAAUCAGCACCAGACUGCAACAGCAGUGAGCAAUGAGUCUUCUUCUUUCCAAGUUCCAUGGCCUCAUGUGAGUCAUGUUUCUAAGCCUACUCAAUUCCAGUUCUCUGGACGGUUUCCACCUUCAUGGUCUUCAACGGCCGAAGGGAUUGCCGAAGAAGAUAGAGCUGCGAGUGCUUCUAAGAGCCAUAGCCAAGCCGAGAAGCGGCGCAGAGACAGAAUCAAUGCGCAGCUUGCAACUCUUAGGAAACUAAUUCCCCAGUCUGACAAGAUGGACAAGGCAGCUCUAUUGGGAAGUGUGAUAGAUGAAGUCAAGGAUCUUAAGCGAAAAGCUAUUGAAGUGAGCAAAGCCUUCAUGGUUCCAACUGAAUUUGAUGACUUGACUGUUAGUCAAUGUGAUCCUGCCCGUGAGGGUACUCUUAUAAACUCCACCAGCAUCAACAAAAUCAAGGACAAUAGUAUUAUGAUAAGGGUAUCUGUUUGCUGUGAUGACCAGCCAGAGUUGUUCACGGAGCUCAUUCAAGUACUCAAACGCCUAAAACUGACUGCAAUUAAAGCCGAUAUUGCCAGUGCCGGCGGCAGGAUCAAAAGCAUUUUAGUCCUUUGCUCCAAGAACAGCGAAGAGGCCGUCUCCAUAAGCACUCUCAAACAAGCUCUUAAGUUGGUCUUAAGUAAAAUCGCUGAAUCAUCCGUAACCCCAAAUUGUCGAAUUAGAAGCAAGAGGCAGAGGUUCUUCUUGCCCUUCCAAUACCCAAAGUAGAUUUUUCUCAAGAUUCUCGAGUCCUUUGGUGAUUUAAUGUGUUGCAGUAUUACUCCCUAUUGCUCAUUGUGUUCUUCCCCCGGGAGACAUGAUUCAAUUAUGCAUUGUAUGGACAGGUGGAAUGCACAAGGUGUGAGACAUAAGACAUAAGGCAGUAGGCACGAUAUAUACUGAUCAUCAUAUUGCUUCCCUACCACAUGAAGAAGUGGAGUUCAUUCUAGGACCACUUAUUUUUUUGCUUCAUUGAGAGCAACUAUGCCUUUCCUCAUCUCAACAUCAUUAGAAGAUUGAACAACAAGUAGGUGAUUUGCUUAGUUCAUUAUCUUCUAAGAAGUUUUGCUUUCUGACAAUUUUGCAUAAAUUGUGAUGGAAAUAAAAGAACAAUGUUAUUUGCACUC